GCUGAUCGUCAAUCGCACUGUUGACAUUGUAAGACGUAUAUCAUUGGAAUUCGCACUGUUGCGUCGUGGAAUUCGCAUCAUUUGUACCAUUUGCGUCUCGUUCCGAGCGAAUAUUUGAAGAUGAAGAACGGCAACCAAAUCAUGGCGGAGGCCUUGAAGGAGCAGGGCUUGACUUAUGUUUUCGGCAUCAUGGGCCAUCCGGUGAUCGAGCUGGCCGUGUGUAUGCAGGCCGCCGGCCUCCAGUACCUGGGCUUCCGGAACGAGCAGGCCGCGUGUUACGCCGCACAGGCCUAUGGAUAUCUGACGCAAAAACCGGCGGUGGUGUUGUGCGUCUCCGGUCCAGGUUUGCUGCACGUAAUCGGCGGUAUGGCGAAUGCGCAGGUGAACUGUUGGCCUGUACUCGUCCUGGGUGGAUCUUGUCCGGAGGAUCACGAAGGGAUUGGCGGAUUCCAGGAGUGGCCGCAGGUCGAAGCGUGUCGUGCUUGCUGCAAGUAUGCCGCCAGGCCGCCCUCGGCCACCCUCAUACCGACGCACGUUGAGAAGGCAGUGCGAUUAGCUACUUACGGUAGACCAGGUGCCGCGUAUCUCGACUUAACCGCCACGUUAUUAACGCAAAACGUCGAGGAGAAUAAAAUAGUGAGAGUUGCGCCUUGUCCACCGCCGCCGAUGUCGUAUCCUGACAUGAGACUGAUUGAACGGGCGGCCGAUAUAUUUACAGCGGCCAAGAGACCACUUGUAAUAGUCGGCAAAGGAGCCGCCUACGGUCGAGCCGAGGAUGCGGUGCGAGAGCUCGUUCGCUCGACCGACGCGCCUUUUCUGCCGACACCCAUGGGGAAGGGAGUCGUGCCGGACACGGACGAGCAUUGCGUCUCCAGCGCGCGGACCUUCGCUCUGCAGCAGUCCGACGUGGUGUUGUUGUUGGGCGCGAGGCUGAACUGGAUGCUCCACUUCGGCCGGCCGCCCAGGUUCCAGAAAACCGUCAAGGUCAUACAGAUCGACCUGUGCGCCGAAGAACUGCACAAUUCCGUGUCUUCCGCCGUUGCCGUGCAAUCCGACAUUCUGCCGGCGGCUGAACUUUUGACGAGCGCGCUGAAAAGUCGACGCUGGCGCGUCGACCUACACGGCGCGUGGUGGAGCGAGCUCACGGCGAAAGCCAAGAAGAAUAAAGAGUUCCUCCAUCGAAUGUCAUCGGACACUAGCGUGCCUCUGAAUUAUUACACGGUCUUCAAGCACAUCCAAGAUGUCAUACCGAAAAAUUGUAUCAUUUGUUCCGAGGGAGCCAAUACAAUGGACAUUGGUCGGACUGUCCUCUUGAAUGACCUGCCCCGUCACAGAUUGGACGCCGGUACGUUCGGUACGAUGGGCGUGGGACUCGGAUUCGCGAUCGCGGCCGCUCUUUACUGCAAGGAGAGAGAGCCGAAGAAGAGGGUGAUUUGCGUCGAAGGUGACAGCGCCUUCGGAUUCUCCGGGAUGGAGAUCGAAACGAUGUUUCGGUACAAAUUGCCGGUGAUCAUUAUAAUUGUAAAUAAUAACGGUAUAUACGGCGGCCUUGAUAAAGAGACUUUCCGACAGAUGCAAUCAUCCGGAGAUCCCACGCAGGUGACUCCCCCGUAUUCCUUGACGUGCGAGACUCGUUACGAAAAGAUGAUGGAGAUGUUCGACAAGAAGGGAUAUUUCUGCACUACAGUGCAGGCCAUUCAACAGGCGUUGAAACAUUCCCUCGAGGUGACCGACAGUCCUAGUUUGAUCAAUAUUAUGAUCAGCCCACAGGCGGAUCGCAAGGAGCAAAAAUUCAGCUGGCUGACGGAAUCGAAGUUAUAAGCGUACGUGGCAUCGUUUGCGAUAAACUACUGGCAAUCAAUAUUUUACUAAAUAUGUGAAAUAAUGGCAACUGUGGGGAUAAGGAUUCUUCUUCUGCAAGAUGUACAUAUUGGUUUUGGGAAUUUCAUAAUUAUUUUAUGUACAGGUUUCGGAAAAUAUAUAAAAGGGAUAUUUUAUGUUA